AUGGUGAGGCCUGCUAUGAAUGAGAAGAUUGCUGAAAUGAAGCCAGCCCUUUUGCAACUUAUAAGCUCUCAUCAGUUCGCUGGGUUAGAUCAUGAAGACCCACAUACUCAUUUGUACACCUUCUAUGAGUUGUGUAGCUCAGUUGGAAUUUCUGGAGAUGACGAGGAGGCUUUGUUCAUGAGUUGGAGGGAUGUGGAGACAAAAUUUCUAGCUCGUUUCUUCCCACCAUCCAAGAAUACAGAAGCCAAGGCCGCUAUUGUUACAUUUGUGCAAGGAGUUGAUGAACCCUUGUGUGAGGCAUGGGAGAGAUAUAAAGCUUUGCUUAGGAAGUGUCCCAAUCAUGGUUUUGAUAUAGAGAUGCAAGUUCAGACUUUUUGCAAUGGUUUACAACCACAAACAAAAAUGAUUUUGGAUGCUUCUUUUGGUGGCUCUGUUUUGUUCAAGACUGCCGAUGAAGCUAUCACAAUUAUUGAAUCUAUGGCAUCUACUGACUUGCGAAGCCAACAUGGGAGGGGUCAAGCACAAAGGAGGGGAGUAUUAGAAUUGAGUACUCAAGACGCCCUCUUAGCUCAACAUAAGCUUCUUACUCAACAAAUCGAAUCUCUCAACCAACAAAUGGCUAAAUUACCUCAACAACUCCAAGCCAUGCAUGCCAAUCCUUGCCAAACUCAACAAGUUAUGCGGUGUGAUUUUUGUGGAGGUGAUCAUUCCAAUGGCUAUUGUCAAGUUCCUAGUGGCUCCCAAGGGGAAGAAGUCAAUUAUAUGGGGAACCAAGGACGCCAAAAUUUUCCUAACAAUCCUUAUCCUAGCUCUUACAACCAAGGGUGGAGAAACAAUAAUGCUCAAUUUGGAGGGAAACAAGACAUGGGUGCAUCAAGUAGUAGACUUCACCCUCCACAGCAACAACACCCACCAUUGUAUGAAAGAACUACCAAGCUAGAAGAUACCUUGCAGCAAUUCAUGCAAUUAUCCCUCCAAAAUCAAAAGAAUACAGAUGCUUCAAUUAAAAAUUUGGAGGUGCAAGUGGGACAAUUGGCCAAGCAGUUAGCGGACCAGAAGAGUGGAUCGUUCUCCGCUAAUACACAAACAAAUUCCAAGGAGCAUUGUAAGGUAGUGGCUACAAGAAGUGGGAAGACAUUUGGGGAGAGUAAUCCAAGUGAUAAAGAGAAAAAGGUGAUGAAAGACAAUAGCGAAGCAGAAGACAAAGAUGAAAGUGUAGUGGAGGAGGUGGAGAAUAAAAGAGUGAGUGGAGAGAUUGAGAAAAAGAAAAAAAAGAUUGAGAAGGAAGUUGGAAAGGCACCACCUACAAAGAAUCUUCCAUACCCACAUGCUCCUUCAAGAAAAGACAAAGAGAGACAAUUUGCAAGGUUUCUAGACAUUUUCAAGAGGUUGCAGAUCAAUAUUCCUUUUUCAGAAGCCUUAGAGCAAAUGCCAACUUAUGCUAAAUUUAUGAAGGAGUUAUUAUCAAAGAAAAGGAGAUUCAUUGAAGAAGAAACUAUUGAGUUGGAGGCCGGUUGUAACUAUAGGCCUGUGGCUCAACCUCAGAGGCGUUUGAACCCAACCAUGAAAGAAGUUGUAAAGAAGGAGGUUCAAAAAUUUUUGGAGGCAGGGAUGAUCUAUCCAAUCUCAGACAGUGCGUGGGUCAGUCCAGUGCAAGUAGUGCCCAAGAAGGGUGGAAUGACUGUAAUCCACAAUGAGAAGAAUGAAUUGAUCCCCACAAGAACUGUCACAGGUUGGAGGAUGUGUAUAGAUUACAGAAAAUUGAACAAGGCCACAAGAAAAGAUCACUUCCCUUUGCCCUUCAUGGAUCAAAUGUUGGAACAGUUAGCGGGACAAGCAUACUAUUGUUUUCUGGACGGAUGUUCAGGUUAUAAUCAGAUUGCAGUGGAUCUAGAAGAUCAAGAGAAAACAGCCUUCACAUGCCCUUUUGGUGUUUUUGCUUACAGGAAAAUGCCAUUUGGGUUGUGUAAUGCUCCAGCUACGUUUCAACGGUGCAUGCUUGCUAUCUUCUCUGACUUGGUGGAAAAAUGCAUUGAAGUUUUCAUGGAUGACUUCUCAGUUUUUGGGUCUUCUUUUGAUACUUGCUUGGACAAUUUAGACACCGUACUGAAGCGGUGUGUGGAAACUAAUUUGGUGCUCAAUUGGGAGAAAUGUCACUUCAUGGUGACCGAAGGCAUUGUGUUAGGCCACAAGAUUUCUUGCAGGGGGAUUGAGGUAGAUAAAGCAAAAAUUGAAGUCAUUGAGAAACUACCUCCACCAGUCAACGUUAAAGGAAUCAGAAGCUUCUUAGGACAUGUUGGGUUCUACAGGAGAUUCAUCAAGGACUUCUCCAAGAUUGCAAAACCAUUGAGCAACUUGCUAAAUAAGGAUACCCCGUUUAAAUUUGAUGCAAACUGUUCAUCUACUUGAGACCUUGAAAACAAACUCAUUUCUGCACCAGUGAUCACUGCUCCUAACUGGAAAUUUGGUUUUGAACUUAUGUGUGAUGCCAGUGAUUAUGCUAUAGGAGCAGUGCUAGGUCAAAGAAAAGAGAAAGUUUUCCAUGUGAUACACUAUGCAAGCAAAGUUCUAAAUGACACUCAAGCUAAUUAUGCUACAACUGAAAAAGAACUUCUUGCCAUAGUGUAUGCACUGGAAAAAUUCAGAGCAUAUCUGAUUGGUUCAAAAAUCAUUAUUUUCACUGAUCAUGCUGCAAUUAAAUACUUGUUAACUAAGUCUGACUCCAAACCUAGGCUAAUAAGGUGGAUACUGUUGUUGCAGGAGUUCGAUUUAGAAAUCAAGGACAAGAAAGGUUGUGAAAACAAUGUAGCAGACCAUCUCUCCCGACUAGUGAACAAUGAGGUAACUACACUAGAACCAGAGUUAUCAGAAGAAUUCCCGGAUGAAAAACUUUUGUCAAUCCAGGAAAGGCCAUGGUUUGCCGACAUGGCUAAUUUUAAAGCUGCUGGAGUCAUCCUUGAGGAUCUCAAUUGGCACCAAAGAAAAAAAAUGCUUAAUGAUGCCAAGUUGUAUGUGUGGGAUGAUCCUCAUUUGUUCAAAAUUGGGGCCGAAAAUCUGUUGAGACGGUGUGUUACAAAAGAGGAGACUAAUGGGCAAGCAGAAGUGUCUAACAGAGAAAUCAAGAGAAUUCUGGAAAAGACAGUUGCCAUUUCUAGAAAAGAUUGGGCUAGCAAACUUGACGAGGCUUUAUGGGCAUAUAGAACAGCAUUCAAGACACCAACAUCUUUAUCACCAUUCCAGUUGGUGUAUGGAAAGGCAUGUCACCUCCCGGUGGAGCUGGAACACAAAGCUUUCUGGGCAUUGAAACUGCUAAAUUUUGACCUGAAGGCUUGUGGGGAGAAGAGAAAGUCACAACUUCAUGAAUUAGAGGAAAUGAGACUCAAUGCGUAUCAAUCCUCAAGGCAGUACAAAGAACGGGUGAAGACUUAUCAUGAUAAGAAAAUCUUGAAGAGGAAUUUCCGACCAGGCCAAUCUGUGUUAUUGUUUAACUCCAGGUUGAAAUUGUUCCCUGGAAAACUUCGAUCGAAGUGGUCCGGACCCUUUGUUAUCAAGGAGGUUAAGCCUUAUGGAGCAGUUGAAAUUGAAGACCCUGCUUCCAAAAGAAGUUGGAUGGUUAAUGGGCAGCGAUUGAAGCCAUAUCUUGGUGGAGAUUUUGAAAGGCUGAUUGCUAAGCUUGAGCUUAGUGACCCGUAG